AUGAAAGAUUUGUCAAAGGGUAUUUUGACGGCUACAGAAGAAGCGAAAUCACGGGAAAUGGAAGAGAAAAGAAGGCUGACGACUGAGAAAGCUUCUGGAGCUUUUGGAAAAGCCGAAGAAGAGAAAGCUCGUUGGAAAGCAAGUCGCGAUGCGGAAGCAGCAAGAGAAUAUGCUAAAAUUGAGGCUGAAAAACAUUUGAAGAAGAAGCGAAUUCUAAUUGAUAAACCAACAGGAGAAACUGUUUUAAAUCAAGAAAAAGAAGCACCAAAAAGAACUAUUCGAAGAUGGAAACCACCUCCAGCUGAUCCAAACGCCGUGAUUCCUUCUUUCUCGUGUGGCCCAAAAGAAGCUGCCAAGCCAAAAAUAGCAGCCACAGAAUCUGGAAAAUCUUCAAAACCAUCGACACCAACAGCCAGAAGAAAGUCAUUGACAUCACCAGUUCCCGUACCAAAAGAGGUUACUGUGGCUGCAACUCCAGGUGUUGGAAUCCAGAAUAUUCCAAAAAGUGAAGGUGCCGCAGCGACAAGAAUCAGAAACCAAGCUGCUGGUGUUGGGAGUACGACUCCUUCUGUCCCAUCGUCUGUUAUUUCUCAAUCUGACUCUCCAUCGUCUACAAUGCCUACAGUUCCAACAUCAUCUGUAACAGAAUCUCCAAAACCAAGUCGUCGUUACAAUGCAAGAAGAAAAACUCAGGAAAUUGUGAAUGAAUCUCUCGUCAAACCGAAGACAAAACGUAGGAAGAGAAAUCCGAGAAAAACUCGUUUCACUCGUAAAGAUCGAGAUGCAGAUUUACUAUUGGGAUACGAGAAGAACGCCACUUUCGAACAGCUCGAAAAAGUGUUUGAACAAUCGACAAGAAACCGUCGUCCACCGGCAUCAAAAAUCGAAAAAACUCGGAGAUUGGCUCCUUCGAAAAUAUUUAUAAGUGAAUUGACAGAUAUUGAUAAAAUCUAUAAAUCUUCCGAGAUUCGUGACAUUAUAGCAUCUGUGAAUAUGGUUUAUUGA